UUUAGUUAUACCUUCUCAAAAUAUGCUGGCACACGGUCCCAUAACAUAUUCUUCAAUAAACCACCAUCCGGUGGAAAUAGAAAGCUCGGAGGAGCUUACAAAGCAAUACAAGAAGUUCAAAAGUGCCCCCAAAUUUGACUUCAACAGCGAUGAGCUCUACUGCAUUUGUCGAAAGCCUGAUGUGGAAGGCCAGCUUAUGGUAGGGUGUGAUGGAUGUGACGAGUGGUUUCAUUUCAAGUGUGUGGGUAUCAACACCUUGUAUAAAGAGUUGAUUGCCACCUUCUUCUGCAAGUUUUGUCAGUGGAAAGGCAAGGGAAAUACCAAGUGGAAAAGAAAGUGUAGGGUGGAUACGUGCUGGAAACUGGUUGAUACCAACUCCAAGUACUGUAGUAAAGAAUGUGGAAUUGAAUACAUGAAGCAGCUUAAGGAGAAUGUUGCGGCCGACAAGAUCAAGUUGAUCGUAGACCAGUUUGGACUCGACCAGUUUAAGGAGUUGGGACUUGAAUUCCCAGAGUUGGAUCAGGUGAAGCAGUUUGAACAGAAUCUCGACAAAUUUCCUGAAGACUUGAGGAUCGAGUUGGCCAAGUCUGAGAAACAGUUGUCCAUCACUAAAAAGGAGAUCGAAGAGUACAAGAAGAAGAUUGAAUUGUUGACGAGGUAUAAGGAGUUGAUGAAAACGUUGAAUGAAAAAGUCACCAAAUUCAGCACCAAAAAGAAGGUCGAGUUAUGCUUGUACAACAGAAACCUUCGAAAAAUCUCACAGCCUUGGGUGGAGGAUUUCCAGGCCAGUAUCAAUGACAUUGCAGAUAGUUAUAAAGCAGGCGAAACCACCUUUAAAGACACUUGUAUCCAAGAAAAGAGAAAGUGCCCCAGGCACAAUGGGAGCAUGAAUUUGAUCAAUGAUGAGUUCAUUGUGAAGAUUGGUGCUCUUGAAGGCGACUUGAAGCAGUUUCAAGAACAACAAACGCUUGUGUUGAGAGAUUAUUCUAUCUCAGUUUAUGAGCGGAGCUGAUUUUGCAGCUCCACAAAUGCGAAACCGCUAACGCGAAAUUCCACCACUUCAAAAUAAUAACAAUUGAUGGAUUCAUUUGAAAGGCACAGGUUGGCCG